AGAGCGGCGCGUUCACGACGAUCUACGGUUAAUUGUGUGUUUGAUGAUACGCGAUUUUUGUUUUUUUUUUUCAAUUAAGUUUCUCGUCCUUCUUGUGAAUCGUCGAAACUUGUUCAGUUACCAUCACUGAAUUGAAAUUACUUUUUCGCGCCGUACUCACAAGUCUCGUUGCAUAAAUUCCUGUUGCGAACAUCAACGAGAGGACUGCAGGAGGAUUUCACACUACAAAUUCCGCUGCUGCCGAUGCUGCAUCGAUAGUCGUCGUCGCCGACCGAUCAUUUUAUGUAAAAUUAUUAUUUGAUACAAAAGUGCCGUAAUUCAGUUACCUCUGAAUCACAAAGUGCGAAGUGGCUCGCCGUCGACUCAGAAAAGUCAGCGUUGCUCUGAAAGGAGACAUAAAAAUUAAAAUUAAUUAAACAAAACUUGACAUGAAUUCCUACGGUGACGUAUCGAACAACGUGGAGCCCAGCAGGACGAGUCUCCGUCGCCUGGCUCGACACGAAGAGACGGAAUUCAGCAAUGCGAGUAUAUUGAACAGCAUGGAAAAGUUCGUCAGGACGGUAAACGAGAUGGAAGAAACAAUUUUGGUGCCUAGCCGUCUGCUGGACCUUGCGGUCGGAGAUUCAAACGACACCGUAUCCAUGAAGGCUAAGCGCGGAUCUUCGAUCAAAGACGCGAUGGCAAAUACAGACCUGUAUCAGCUGUACAACAUCGUUAACAAAGUCAAAGUGGAACUCUUGUGGUCCCAAGAGUCACAGGAAGAGCUUAAAGACGUCGCGACUGCGAACGAGAGGCUCAGUGGACACGUUAGACGACCAAGCACAACUUCUAUGCAGAGCAUCCACAGUGCUGCUUCGAUUAUCAGCUCAAGUUCAGACUCCGAUUCUGAUACAGGAAUUGAAAAUGAUUCUGGAAUGGAAAGCGAAGAGCCAGCCGAUAGACUGGCCAAUAUCGCUGCUGACAAUUUUAGGCGUCACUUGAGAGGACUGCACAACAGCAUUCACCAAAUGACCGAGGCUGCUACAUAUCUGACUCUGCGUUAUCAGGCCGAUGUCGGAGGAGCAGUUUGAUUAUAUUAACAUUAUCUUUCCGUUAUCAAAUUACAUCAUUUUAUUUUAUUUUUAAUUCUCAUAGCUAUUCUAUUCAUUGUUGUAUCGUACAAUCGUGUGAAUGCAUCCACUCGUGUUUUAAGUGCUUGAAGCGCCAAAUUAUUAUUAUUAUUAUUAUUAUAACUAUUACUAUUACUAUUACUAUUACAAUUACAAUUAUUUCUAAUCUCUACAAAUAUGAAAACCUCGAGGCAUUCGCUGUUUUACAAUUAUUCGAAUUACGAGCAUUUACAUUUUGAGAACUAGGAAUAGGAUGCAAAGCUUUGCGGUACAAAGAAGUGACCGCGAGCCUUUGAUUAACUCACAAACUGUUAUUCGAUUCUUCGAUGCAACGAUAGAAAAUAUUCGUUCUCAAAGAUGUAAAAUCGUCGUCAGUGCCUUUGAAAGAUAUUACAUGUUUUUCAGAGUGACAACAAUACACAGGGUGACAGAGAGGGAGAAAAAGAUGAACAAAGAGCGACUGGGUUUAUCGAUACACAAUUUGACUAUCAGUUAAAAUGUACACCUUUUUUAGUAUAGUCAUCUAGAGUUAAUAUUUAAUCACACUAACGUUAGAAAUGUUAGGAAGAAUUACAUCAUUCGAAUUUAUUGCGAAACAACCGACGAUUAAAAAUAAUUCGUCCCCCGCGGUUUUUCAGCUAAAUUUUCACAACUGCGAGUGAUCCGUUAAUUCGAAGUUCGGAAGCGAAAAAUCUGUUUCUUUUUUGAUCGAGUGCAGAUAUUCUGAAGGAGUGCAUUUUAUUGAACUUUGCCUGACUCAAAGAUGCCGGCUGAUUGAUAUACAAUAAACACAAUAAUUAAAGAAGACAGAUUCAUGCAUUGCAUUAUAGUUGGCUUGAUCUCUACGGAGGAUCUUUCUCUUAUCGGUCAUAAAACUUUCACAAAUUCCAACCUAUUAUUGAUACUGUAUAACAUUAUGUUCUUCGAGUAAUUAUAUUAUAAUUGUGUUAGUAAAAGUUAAUGUAUUGUAAAUAAGGUUAGGGUAUCAUUAUUUAUUUUUUAUUGCGUUAUCAUUUUCAAGUAUGAAACUAUGGUAUGUGUACUAUGAGUAGGCAUUCGAAUUCUCGUACAUUGGCUAGUUUUCACGAUAACUCGCUAUACAAAAGGCAUAUUUCGCUCUCGAUACUGUAUUUAUCAUCAAAGCUUUAAUUAUUAUUUUAUUACCAGCUUCUACUUGUCGUUGAAAGUGCUAACGCGAAACCGAAGAGUCUGAUAUCGCUUCUUUAUCAAAUUUAUUUUUAUCGAAGUAAACUUGUCAUGUCUGUCAAUAAUACCCUAAAGCCUAUGCACGUAAACAUUAGUACAGGGAGAGAAGUAAACUGUCGAGGUACUUUUAUUUUUUUUAGUUAUAUUCCUCUUGUAUAUAAUUUGUACAUAUGAAAAAUGUAAUAUAAAAUCUAGGCAUACGUUACAUUACCUUUUAUACAAAUUUAAUUACAAAACGCCCCUAAUUCACUUUCUUUAUUCAAUUUGUUUUCAAGUUUUUCCUUCUUAUGAACAAUUUCCUGGUUCUAUUCGUCGAUGUUGUAUAAAUUAUUUAAUUGUUGGACACCUAAACGCAGCAAUUAUAAGUUGUGUGAUUAAAACUGAAAAAAAAAAGAGAAAAAAACUAAAAAUACACGCGUAGUCGGGUACUACAAUUCGUAGUAGAGGCUGACGGAAUUAUUAGGUUUUCUGAUUAGUCACAAACAAUGUUCUUUUCACAAACACGAUUUUAAAAGUAAUAAACGUUAUGCAGAUUAUGAAAAGAGAAAA